GCACACAUUCGUUGCUAAACUAAUCAAGCAUCGCAUCAUUCACGAUGGAGAACACCCAAUUAGACCAUCUAAAAAUUCCCACUUUCCUUAACUACUGAAUAUUUUUUUAAAGAAUCGGGAACUGGAAUCUCCCCAAGAUCGUUAUAAACUUGUCCCGCUUGCGUAUUAACCGCUGAUUCGAACCCAAAUUCUUGUCCCAAACGACACCACAACUCAGUCAGCAGAAUUUCCAUAUUUGGGAGGUAUUUUAAAGAGAGAGGGAGCAGAGCCCACCUCUCUCUCUCUCUCUCUCCAUAUAUAGGUUUGUAUUGGGGAGCAAGUUGUAUACGACAAUGGGAGAAGAGGGGGAUGGCGGGAAUGAAAAGGCGGCGGCUUUGGUGAAUGGAUUAAUAGAAGGGAUGCCUGUUUUCGUGAAGGAGCUGAUUGCCGGUGGUGUGGCUGGUGGGGUUGCCAAGACCGUCGUUGCCCCUCUUGAGCGCGUCAAGAUCUUGUUUCAGACCAGAAGAUCUGAGUUCCAUAGUCUUGGUUUGUUGGGAUCCUUCUCAAAAAUUGCAAAAACAGAAGGGGUGCUUGGUUUUUAUAGAGGGAAUGGAGCUAGUGUCGCCCGCAUUGUUCCUUACGCGGCACUGCAUUACAUGGCUUAUGAAGAAUAUCGAAGAUGGAUCAUCUUGGGUUAUCCUGACGUGGGGAGAGGCCCCGUCCUUGACCUCGUAGCUGGAUCAUUUGCGGGAGGAACAGCUGUGCUAUUUACUUAUCCUCUCGAUUUAGUUCGGACGAAACUGGCUUAUCAGGUUGUUGAAUCCUCGAAGACCGCUGUACAGAGGCAUGCUCGGAAAGAUAUAAUCUACAACGGGAUCCGGGAUUGCUUCUCCCGGAUAUACAAAGAGGCUGGCAUGAGAGGCCUCUAUAGAGGCAUUGCUCCAUCGCUGUACGGGAUCUUUCCUUACGCUGGACUGAAAUUCUACUUCUACGAGGAAAUGAAAAGGCACGUCCCUGAAGAUCGCAAAAAGGACAUCACAGUUAAGCUCGUGUGUGGCUCGGUUGCAGGCUUACUCGGACAAACAUUCACGUACCCUCUUGAUGUCGUCAGGCGGCAAAUGCAGGUCCAACGGCUGAUAAUAUCCGACAGCAGUCCUACGAAAGGGACUGUCGAAUCUCUCGUCGCGAUUGUCCGGAUGCAAGGAUGGAAGCAGUUAUUCUCCGGGCUCAGCAUCAACUACCUCAAGGUCGUGCCUUCGGUCGCAAUCGGAUUCACCGUCUACGAUGUCAUGAAGGCGUCGCUAAGAGUUCCGUCGAGAGACGAGGGCGCGACCGGGGUUUCGUCGGGGCGACGACACGGUCAGCCGUCGUCGAUUCCUUCAUCACCUUCAUUAUCUCAAACUCAACAAUAGUCUCUCAUUCUUUGCCAAGGUAUAUGGUUGAAUGCCAUCUCCAACAUAUAGGAUCAUUUAGUUAAGUAUAUAUAUACAUAAAUGUACACUAGUGAAUUACUUCAAGAUUGAAUAUAGGCAUUUAUUUGAGUCAAGCAAGCUUGCUAUUGUUCAACUCAUUUAUAUGGUUUUAUUAGAAAUAAUUCCAUAGUUAAAUACC